AUGACAGCCGUACAGCCUUCGUUCUCGCAUCUCUUCUCCAGCUUCCUCCCACUCCUGCCGUUGUCACUAUCCGACACGCAAUCGCUGCUGCUGUUGCUCCUCUCCCCCUGCCUGGCCUCUCUGGUCGCCCUCCUCAUCCUCUGCCUCCUCCUUUCGCUGACUCUGGCGGUCGCGGGCCUCGCCGCGGCCUUGGCAUCCCUGGCCACGCUAUGCGCCUGCGGGCUUUUCGGCCUCGCCGCCGCCGCCACCGCGGCGGUCGCCAUCGCAGGGGUGGGCACCGGCAUCAUGGCCGGCUUGCUCGUCACUUUUGCUGCGGCUAGCGCGAUCGCGGAAGCGAUCAGCCGGCGGUUUGGACAAGACAUAACGGGAGAGGAGCAAGGAGCCUCGAGCCAGACUGAUAAGAAAGAGCGCGUCGUGACAGAGGACGAGUCGACGCCGGGCAGCGAGGUGACGGAGAAAAACGGCGAGGCACUGGCGCCUGGCGGGGGUGUAAAACUGGGCGCAUCGCCCAUCUUCUUUACAUAGACGGCGGACGCGCAAGCGGCGGAGGCUUCCCGCCUGUCAACGACUAAACUAAAUCAAAAAGUUGAGGGGUCCUAUGACGGCGGACCCGCGGGAUUGUCGCCCCAUUGAAUCUUGACGUCGUCAUCGCCUCCUUCGAGCU